ACCAUACAUGUCUCUUUCAACUUCACAUUUGAAAAUGCUAGGAACAUAUUAACUCAUCUCCCUUUGAAUGAAUGAACCAUAUUCUAUAUAUAGUGAUUGGCUGUUAACUCUUUAACACCGUUCAUUGUCUAGUGCCAUACAUUAUCAUCAUCUAGUUCCAAUGAUGACUUCAAGUCAACAUGCUCCUUCUAACUCAAAGCGAAGCUAUGCAAAUUUUGCUCCUAGCAUUUGGCACGAUACUUUCUUGAAAUAUGCUGAUUCCGAAUCUUUGGAAGUGGAUGAAACUAUGAAACAAGAAGUUCAAAAGUACCGAGAGACAGUGAAAAUAUAUCUAUCUUCUAGUGAUAAUAACAUCUCCCAAAAACUAACUUUAAUCGACUCAAUUCAACGUUUAAGUAUAUCUUAUUAUUUUGAAUGUGAAAUUAAUGAAGCAUUAGAACAAAUCCAUAAUAAUUUUACUUACAAUGGCCUUGCUAUAGAAGAAAACGACAUUUAUUCUAUUGCAUUACUCUUUCGUUUGUUUCGACAGAAAGGAUAUCACAUCUCAUCAGAUAUUUUCAACAAAUUCAAGAAUACAAAGGGAGAAUUUGAUGAAACUAUUAUUGUUCAAGAUGUUAAAGGAAUGUGGAGUUUGUAUGAAACUGCACAAUUAAGAAUUCAUGGAGAAGAGAUACUAGAGGAAGCACACGAGUUCACCUACAAUAAACUUAAGUCUAUUGUCAAUCAAUUGAGUCCAUCUCUUGCUGAGCAAAUCAAUCAGAGUUUAGAACAACCUCUGCACAAGUCAAUUCCAAAAAUGAGGACAAAAUCAUAUAUGUCUUUCUACAAAAAAAAUUCUUCGCAUGACAAAGGCGAUCUUCUAAAUUUUGCAAAAUUAGAUUUCAAUAUGGUACAAAAAUUGUAUCAAAAAGAAGUUGGUAGUAACACCAAGUGGUGGAUAGAAUCAGAUUUUGCAAGAAAGGUCCCUUAUGCAAGAGAUAGAUUAGUUGAAGUAUUCAUUUGGCCAUUUGCUGUAAACUCUGAGCCUAAAUACAGCACUGCAAGACGGAUGUCGGCCAAAGCAAUCUCAAUUAUCUCUCUUAUUGAUGAUACUUAUGAUGUUUAUGGCACAAUUGAAGAGCUUGAGCUCUUCACAGAGGCAAUGCAAAGAUGGGACAUUAGUUGCAUUGCAUCUCUUCCAGAGUGCUUCAAAGUGAUUUUUAAUGCACUUUUAGAGUUUUGGGUUGAAAUGGAGUCGUUGACUGCUGAGAGUGGAAAAUCAAGCUUCGUCUUGCAACAUGUUAAACAGACUUUUUCUAGGUUGGCACAUGCCUACCUUGUUGAAGCAAAAUGGUGCCAUGAGGGCGAUAUCCCAACAUACGAUGAGUACAAGGUUAAGGGAGUUGUAUCAAGUGGAUACUCUGCUAUCUUAACAGUGUUUAUUGCUCUGGUAAAAGAACUUGCAACCAAAGAGACGCUUGAUUGGCUUUCUAAUUGUCCAGCCAUCUUAAAAGCUGUAUGUACUAUUGCAAGGAUCAAGAAUGAUUUGGCCUCACAUAAGUUUGAGCAACAAAGGAAACAUGUUGCUUCUGCAGUGGAAUGUUGCAUGAAGCAAUAUGACUUUUCACAAGAGGAAGCCUAUGAUUUCAUCAUCAGGGAUAUCAAUAAUUGUUGGAAGAAGGUGAAUGAAGAGUACCUCAAGUUAAUUAAAGAUAUCCCAAAGUUUCUGAUUGAUUGCAUUGUUAAUUUAGCACGUAUAACCGAGUUUUAUUAUUUAAACUUUGAGGAUAAAUACACCAAUUGUGAGCUUUUGAAAGAUCACAUUGUGACACUGUAUGUAUAUGUGAUAAAUGUGUUAGGUGUAUGUAUAUAUGUGAUAUGA